AUGACUUUUCACAUCGCACUCGACAGUAUGAGCACCAAUAGCUCUGUUACCAGACUCACCCGUCUCAACAACCGCCUACAAGAACUGCUAUCCCGACCCGACCCAAGCAUAUAUCACCCCGAAAUCGCACCGCUAUGGAAUAAAAUGAUAGAAACAUCAGGAGAAAUUCUUUAUGGAGAACUCCCAGAAGUCCCAAUCAGCAGCAAAUCGUUGAGCGAAAUUCUGAAGCUCUUCAAGCUUCGUCUUGUCGAAGAAGAGUUCGAUGCGUAUCCUUUGUUCCAGGGACUUCACGAGCCUUAUCAAGCUGAGUCCAAGGUUGCUGAGCGCGUCCUCCAAGCCUACCACCUUGCCACAAACGAGCCCUCUUUGUGCACUCAAAUUGACCUCGUUAUCCUUUUGACACUAGCCAACAACCAUGAUAACUACAAGAAGCCAGAAACUCUCGGGAAAUCCCCAAUCAGUACACAGGACACCCAAAAGGGCCCCAGCUCGCUCCGCUUUCAACGCGAGACGCACGUGAGUAUGCCAGACUACUCUAUAUGGUACGGCAGCCCACAGAAUGCAGAGACAAAUCUCGUCGUGGUCGAAACGGAGAGGUAUUCCGCAUACUUCGCGGAACCCCAGUUGAUUGGGUAUAUGGUACUUAUCUACGAUGCUAGGAGGAAGGCUGGUGAGCCGGAUGCGUCUGUGUACGGCAUCUGGACGAAUGGAGAGGACUGGAAAUUUUUCUGUAUUGAUCAUGAAUCGCGAGUCUCGUGGUUCACUCUGGGUUGGCACGUCGACAAGAAGAAGAUUGUUCUCUUGCUCGAUAGAAUCCUCGAGAAAGCUUCUCAUCUCGCCACGCUGUCUUCCACGUUGACCCGGAAGUCAACGGUCAGCGAGGCAACUGGCAUUGGAUUCCAGGAUGUGGGCGAGAUGGACAUUGGUCAGGAUGGCGACGGCAAGGAGGAUUAG